AUGCAUAUCAAAGACAAAUUGGCCCUGGCAGAAGCCACCGGACGACCAGGUAUCUCCUUUGAAUUCUUCCCUCCAAAGACGGCACAGGGAGUACAGAACCUGUACGACCGUAUGGAUCGUAUGCAUGGACUUGGGCCAUCUUUCAUCGAUAUAACAUGGGGUGCAGGAGGCCGACUGGCGGAGCUUACCUGUGAAAUGGUCCAUGUGGCUCAGUCCGUCUACGGGCUGGAGACCUGCAUGCAUCUCACCUGCACGGAUAUGCCAAGAGAGAAGGUUGAUGAAGCUCUACAGAGUGCCUUCAAGGCCGGUUGUACCAAUAUCCUAGCUUUGCGAGGAGACCCGCCUCGAGAGAAGGAGUCGUGGGAGCAGACCGAAGGUGGAUUUCGAUACGCCAGAGAUCUUGUCCAGUAUAUCAGGGAGAAAUAUGGCAACCACUUCGAUAUUGGUGUUGCCGGUUACCCCGAAGGGUGUGAGGAUGAAGAGGACCCUGAGUUAUUGAUGAAAUACUUGAAGGAAAAGGUAGAUGCUGGUGGCACCUUUAUUAUCACUCAGAUGUUCUACGAUGCGGACAACUUCUUGGACUGGGUGAAAAGAUGUCGCAAGGCUGGCAUCACGGUGCCAAUUAUACCCGGUAUCAUGCCCAUCUCGACCUAUGCUGCCUUUAUUCGUCGAACCAAUUGGGUCAAGUGCAAGAUCCCGAAGGGUUGGAUGGAAGCCCUUGAGCCUGUGAAGAAUGAUGACGCCGCCGUCAAGCAAAUAGGAAGGGCUCUUGUCUCUGAAAUGUGCAGAAAACUCCUUGACAACGGUAUCAACCAUUUGCACUUCUACACUAUGAAUCUUGCACAGUCAACAACGAUGGUUUUGGAAGAGCUAAACUUGAAACCUUCCACCGAAACUCCUCUCCAGAAACCACUGCCAUGGAGAAAGUCUCUGGGCCUUGGAAGAAGGGAGGAAGAUGUUCGACCUAUUUUCUGGAGACACAGACAUCAGUCAUACGUUGCGCGGACACAGUCUUGGGAUGAAUUCCCUAACGGCCGUUGGACUGAUUCGCGAUCUCCUGCCUUUGGCGAACUUGACGUUUACGGCAUCGGACUCAAGGGUACUAAUGAACAAAACAUCAAGCUAUGGGGUGAACCCAAAUCAGUCAAAGAUCUAUCAGAUAUCUUUAUCCGCUUCUUAGAGGGUAAACUCGACAGACUACCAUGGAGCGAGAGUGCGAUCACCCAGGAGUCAGAUAUCAUCAAGGAUGACCUGAUAGCCCUCAACAACAGAGGGUUCCUCACCAUCAACUCACAGCCUGCGAUCAAUGGAGCUAAGUCCUCACACCCAAUUUAUGGAUGGGGCCCAAAGAAUGGUUAUGUGUAUCAAAAAGCCUACCUCGAGCUACUUAUCUCUCCCACACUUAUUGACGAGGUCAUUCGACGAAUUGAGACCAACCCGGACCUGACAUACCAUUGUAUCAACAAGAAUGGAGAACUAAGGACAAACUCGAGUGACACACCUAAUGCUGUCACCUGGGGUAUCUUCGCCUCCAAGGAAGUUAUUCAGCCUACAAUUGUAGAGACGGUUAGUUUCCUAGCGUGGAAGGAUGAGGCAUAUAGACUGGGAGAUGAUUGGGCCAAAUGCCACGAUGCAUCAAGCCCCAGCAGGAAAAUUAUUCAGAAUACGAUGGAUACUUGGUACCUCUUCAACAUCGUGAACAAUGACUUCCAUAAAACUCAUGAUAUCUUCGACCUAUUCAAGGGCCUGGUCCUGAAGGACCUCGAUACUGAAGUCAGUGGAACCCAGCCAGCCUCUGAACCAGUGAAGAACGGUUCACACCCAGGGGCUCCCGCCUCGACGUCAGAGAAUCAAGCCGUUGCAGCAAACUAA